AUGGGCUCGGGCCCCAUCGACCCCAAGGAGCUCCUCAAGGGCUUGGACUGCUUCCUGGGCCGCGAUGGCGAGGUCAAGAGCACGGAGGGCAUCACCAAAAUCUUCAACUUAAUGAAGGACUCGCAGAAGAUGGUGAGUCGCUGCAUCUACCUGAACAUCUUGCUGCAGACGCGGGCGCAGGAGAUCCUGGCGAAAUUUAUCCGGAUCGGGGGUUACAAGCUGCUCAACACGUGGCUCACCAGUUCCAAAGCCUCCAACAAUGUCCCCUUCCUGCAGCAGAUCCUCCUCACCCUGCAGCACCUGCCUCUCACCGUCGACCACCUCAAACAGAACAACACAGCCAAGCUAGUGAAGCAGCUCAGCAAAUCAAGCGAUGAUGAAGAGCUGCGCCGCCUGGCCUCCAUCCUCGUCAGCGACUGGAUGGGCGUCAUCCGCUCCCAGAGCAGCACCCAGCCGACCGAACGGGAUAAAAAGAAGCGAAAAGAGGAAAACAAAAGCAAAACACCCGUCCAGGAGAAACCCCAAGAAGCCAAAAAUGAGGCUAAAACCGAGGAGAUGCCGGAGAAGAAGCGGGAGAAACCCAAAUCCCUGCGGACCACCGCUCCCAGCCAUGCCAAAUUCCGCUCUACCGGGCUGGAAAUGGAGACGCCUUCGUUAGCGCCCGUGAAGAAAAUGAACUCUUCUUCGACCGUUGAUAAAUACAACCUAAAACCGAUGCCCAUAAAGAGGCAAAACAUCUCGUCCCUCGCCGGGGACGUUCCCGUGGCCGAGAAGAAAUACAAACCCCUCAACACGGCGCCCAACGCCACCAAGGAGAUCAAAGUCAAGAUCAUCCCACCCCAGCCCAUGGAAGGGCUGGGUUUCCUCGACGCCCUCAACUCCGCUCCCAUCCCCGGUAUCAAAAUCAAGAAGAAGAAGAAGGUGCUGUCCCCUACGGCGGCCAAGCCCAGCCCUUUCGAGGGAAAACCGGCUCCCGAAACCAGUUCGACCAAACCUUCCUCUCCGGAACCCAGCGUCGUUUCGGAGCCGAUGGAGCAGGAUCGACCCGGAACGCCGGUACCAGCUGUGGAAGUGCCGGAACCGAUGGAGACGUGCUCGGCGGAGGUGAGCGGUGACGCCAAAUCCACCGAAAACUCGACGGAAAGCGGCCAACUCACCAAAAAAGGUCGGAAAAAGAAAACUGUGAGUUGGCCGGAGGAGAACAAACUCCGUGAAUAUUUCUACUUCGAACUGGACGAGACCGAACGAGUCAAUGUCAACAAGAUUAAGGAUUUUGAGGAAGCGGCCAAGCGGGAGAUGCUGAAGGAUCGACACGCUUUCGAGACGGCCCGGCGCCUCAGCCACGACGCCAUGGAGGAGAAGGUGCCCUGGGUUUAUCCCAAACUCCUGGAUCUUCCCGCUCCCCUGGUGGUGCCGGGCAGCGGCAGCCGGGAACGCUUCACUCAGGCCGAGAGGGAGAAGGGGAUCCUGCAGGAGAUCUUUCUAUCCAAGGAAAGGUGA